CAGGUAUGGAGGGUGGGGAGGGUGGGGAGGGGACAGUACCCUGGGCUUUGGGAGACCAGCUAACCAGCUUUGAGAGCAAGGCCCCAAGGGAUAGUGGUGGGUCUGGGCUGGAGUUGGGUCUCUGUCCUCAGCAGUUCAGGGUCUGGUUGCUCCUAGCCCUGCAGGUGGAAGAGGAGCCUGGGAAGCCUCAUGCAGAAGAGGGGGCAUAAUCUCAGCUCCCCUUGCCCAACCCCAUCCUGGAUUGAUGCUUGUACCACUGAGUGGGGUGGCAUAGGGGGGCAGGGAGAAGAUGGAGAUGUGUGUCACCUGCUUUGCAGCUUUCUCCCGCCCACUGCUCGGUCACUGACCCAGGGUGAAGGCUGGGGUGUACUGACCAAAGUUGAAGGGAGACUGCCUGGGGAACCAAGUGUGGGGAUGGGAAGGCAAGCUAAGGAGAAGGCUUUCUGGAGAAAGGGAUGGCCAUGGGGGCAGCUCUUGUGACCUCCUGCCCCAGGCCCUCAGCACCAUGACGGUUUCAUACACCCUCAAAGUGGCAGAGGCCCGCUUUGGCGGCUUCUCUGCCCUACUUCUCCGCUGGAGGGGAAGCAUCUACAAGCUCCUCUACAAGGAGUUCCUACUCUUUGUUGCCCUGUAUGCUCUGCUCAGCAUCACCUACCGGCUGCUGCUGACCCAAGAGCAGAGGCAGGUGUACGCCCAGGUGGCACAGUACUGCAAUCGCUCUGCAGACCUCAUCCCCUUGUCCUUCGUACUGGGUUUCUAUGUGACCAUGGUGGUGAACCGUUGGUGGGCCCAAUACACAAGCAUCCCGCUGCCGGACCAGCUAAUGUGCGUCAUCUCGGCCAGCGUGCACGGCGUGGACCAGCGAGGCCGCCUGCUGCGCCGCACUCUCAUCCGAUACGCCAACCUGGCCUCAGUGCUGGUGCUGCGCUCGGUCAGCACCCGCGUGCGCAAGCGCUUUCCCACCAUGGACCACGUGGUGGACGCAGGUUUCAUGUCCCAGGAAGAGAGAAAAAAGUUUGAGAGCCUGAAAUCUGACUUCAACAAGUAUUGGGUUCCCUGCGUCUGGUUCACCAACCUGGCGGCCCAGGCCCGCAAGGACGGGCGAAUCCAUGACGACAUCGCUCUCUGCCUGCUCCUGGAAGAGCUGAACAAGUACCGUGCCAAGUGCAGCAUGCUGUUCCACUAUGACUGGAUCAGCAUUCCCCUCGUCUACACCCAAGUGGUGACCAUAGCAGUAUACUCCUUCUUUGCCCUCUCCCUGAUUGGCCGACAGUUUGUGGAGCCAGAGGCGGGAGCUGCAGAGCCUCAGGAGCCAGGCCAGGAGCCAGCACCAGCCUUAGGAGACCUGGACAUGUAUGUGCCUCUCACCACCCUGCUGCAGUUCUUCUUCUAUGCUGGCUGGCUCAAGGUGGCUGAACAGAUCAUCAACCCCUUUGGUGAAGAUGAUGAUGACUUUGAGACCAACCAGCUCAUAGACCGCAACCUGCAGGUGUCCCUGCUAUCCGUGGACGACAUGUACCAGAACCUGCCUCCCGCAGAGAAGGACCCGUACUGGGACGAGGACUUGGCGCAGCCACCCUACACUGUGGCCACGGCGGCCGAGAUUCUGCGGCCUUCCUUCCUGGGCUCCACUUUCAACUUGCGAAUGAGCGACGACCCUGAGCAGAGCUUGCAGGUGGAGGCGUCCCCUGGGUUGGCCCGGCGGCCCGGUGCGCAGACCCCGCUGCUCGGCCGCUUUCUGGGCGCAGGGGCGCCCUCCCCAGCCAUCAGCCUCCGGAACUUCGGCCGUCCACGAGGACCCCCACGCACCCCUCAUGUGCUGCGCUUCCGGGUCGAGGAGGGCGGUGACCCCGAGGCGGCCGACCGCAUUGAGGAGGAGACAGCCGAGUCCGCAGAUAAGGCCCUUGAGCCCUGAACAGAGGGAGCCGGGGCCAGAUGGGCCUGCCUGCUCGCCCCAGGCCCGCCCCCUCCAGCCACCGCCCACCUUCCGGGCCUGCCCUCCAGCGCUGUCAGAGCAGUUUCCAUGUGCUCUGAGCAGACCUUGUAAGGGGAAGGCGGCAGGAAGGGCCUGAGCCAGGGCUGGGAGUGGUGGGAGAGAAGGUAGAAUGGGCUGCCUGGGGGAGGUGAAGCUAGGAUAAAGGAGGCCAGGCAUAGAAGACCAGAGUCCAGAUGCAAUUUAAUUUCCUGGGCAAUGGGGAGGGAGCUUGUGAAGUCUUACAACAGUGGUUCUCAAACUUUAUGGAGCUUCAGCAUCACCAGGUCGUCUUGUUGAAAGUGUUGGGCACCACUCCCAGUGUUUCUGAUUUACUAGAUUUGAGGUGGAGCUAAAGAACUUGCAUUUCUAACAGAUUGCCAGGUGAUGCUGAUGGUCUGGGGGCCACGAUUUGAGAAUCAUAUUUAAGAUGUUUGGAAGGAUAUACCUUACCCUGAUAACAGCAGUUACUUCUGAAGAGGGAACCGAUGGUCUAAGUGUGUGUUGGGGGGACUUCUGCCUUAUCUGUAAUGUUCAUUUUUUUUUCUACAAUGAAAAUAUAUUCAUUCAUUCCUUGUUCAAUUAUGUUUAAAAUUCAAUUGGCAUGUACACAGUAAGAUGAAGAGGAAGGGUUGGGGACUCUACUCUGGAGGUUGAUCAAACUGAGAUGUGAAGAUGCUGAAGGUCAAGGUACCCAACCUAGACCUUUGGCAUUUGGACUUUAGAGUGCCAAGUCAUUCUCUGCUCCCACCAACCAAACAGGGACAAAAGACAGCAUAAGGAGUGGAGGCUGCAGGGUCAUCUCCAUGGGGCGCCUGCAAUGCUGGGAACACUCAGCUCUGAGGAUAAGAGAAGCGUGCUUGUGGAGACAGCCCCAUAGAACACUGGAUUGGUUACUGGGUUCCACUAAGGUUCUUGCCUUCCAAGCUCAGCUUCCAUCUGAAGGAAUUGAUGAAUGCCAAAACUGAACCUUAAGGGCCAAAUGAUGACAAACACCAGAACCCAAAGAUAAGGGGCGGCGGGGGGAAGCACUACAGUGGAGGUUUAAGAGUGCAGCCUCUGACACUGUUUACUAAUUGGGUUCUAAUCCUGGCUUUGCCCCGUUCUAGCUGGGUGACCAUGGGAUACCAUGGUCUUCCAAAUAUACAAAGAGUACCAUUCCACCAUUCAUUCAGAAGGUAUUUGAGGUUUUUUGCUAGGUUUACAAGGAUAGCCUUGCUCUAGGGAGAGAAUGAUCUCUGAAGGCCUGGAAGAUGAGAGUAAAGUAGUAUUUAUUUGGGGGGUAACAAAGCCACUAAUGGGUUUUAAGCAGAGAAGUGACAGGAUUUGGUUUGUCUGAAGACUCACGUGGAGAGUAAAGAGCCAGAGACCAAGUAAGAUCAAGCGGCAAGUGCUUGUCUAAGAAAGAGGAGGAAACUUGAACAAAAGGUAGUGGCAGUGGAGAUGGGAGAGUAGAUGGACUUUAGACUCUAGAGAAGAACCCACUGGUGUUGGAUUAAAGGUAGAAGGAAAGAGGAAUAAAGAUGCUUUUAUAGAGUUAUAGUGUUGGCAAAGAAUACUGAAUAUACAUACCAUGGACUGCCAGAAGAAUAAAAAAAUCUGUCAUGGAAUAUGUACAGCCAGAGUGCUCCUUAGAAGUGAGGAUGGAGAAACUACAUCUCACAUACUUUGGGUAUGUUAUCAGGAGGGAGCAGUCCCUGGAGAACAUUAUGCUUGGUAAAAAAGUUUAGCAAAAAAGAGGAAGACCCUCGAUGAGAUAGACUGACACAGGGGCUGCGAUAACAGGCUCAAACAUAGUGAUAGUGAGGAUGGCACAGGACCAGGCAGUGUUUCAAUCUGUUGGACACAGGGUUGCUGUGAGUCAGAACCGA